AUGCGAUGUCAUUAUGAUGUGUUAGAGAUUAAUUGUGAUGCCGAUGAUGAUACGAUCAAAAGGUCUUAUCGAAAGUUGGCUCUUAAAUGGCAUCCUGAUAAAAAUCCAAACAAUGUGGAAGAGUGUAAUAGGUACUUUGCGCUAGUACAACAAGCGUAUGAUAUUCUGAGUGAUCCGCAUGAAAGAGCUUGGUAUGAUCGACAUAGAGAAAGUAUUUUGAAAGGAGGAAUUGACGAGCAUUAUGAAGACAAUAGUCUUAAUUUAUUCCCCUAUUUUACAUCAACGUGUUAUUCCGGUUUUAAUAAUAGUGAUAAGAAUUUUUAUGCUGUAUAUAGACAAGUUUUUGACACCAUAGCAUCCGAAGACUAUGAAUUCUUGGACAUAAAACCUCAGGCAUAUCCAAGCUUCGGUGAUGAAAACAGCACCUAUGAUGAUGUAGUUGGUCCGUUCUAUGCAUUUUGGGGAUGUUUCUGCACUGUUCGAUCAUUUGCAUGGGUAGACAAAUAUGACAUACGUAAUGCUACAAAUCGUCGUGUUGUUAGAGCAAUGGAAAAAGAAAACAAGAAAUUGAGAGAAGCGAACAAACGGGAAAGAAACGAAGAAAUUCGAGCUUUGGUUGCAUUCAUACGAAAACGAGAUCCACGGGUUCAUGCACACAAAAAAGAAUUGGAGGAGAAGCGCUUGGAGCAAGAAAGAAGAAUAGAAGAAAAUAGGAAACUGAAGAUUUUGGAACAGCUAAGUCAAGCUGGUGAAUACAAAGAAUCGGAAGAGGUACAGCAGUCGCAGCUAGAGAAUUUACGUGAAAUUGAGGAAGCUUUGGAUGCUGAAUUCGGAGGAAGUAACGGCGGAAGUGAAACAGAAUUUCACGAAAAAUCGCACUUUUAUUGUGUGUUUUGUGAAAAAGCAUUCAAAACUGAAAAGGCAAUGAGCAACCACAAGAGAUCAAAAAAACACAAGGAUACAGUUGCCUUGUUAAAGAAGCACAUAAAGGAAGAUGACGCCUGCUUAUUAAUGACUGAUGAAGAAGACAUAGAGAAUGAGGAAGCUGAAACAGGUAAAAAGAAAUCGAAAAAACAAAAACAAAGGGAACGAAGAAAAGAUGGACAUAAUUUGGAUAAAGCUGAUGAAGAUGGAGGCGAACCAGGCACAUCGGAUAGUGAAAUGAAUGAAAUGAUAGCUAAAAAUGGUACUGAGAAGCAUAAGGAGGAAUGUGCUAAAAACGCUGAUGAGACAAAUAUAUUCUUGAAAAUGUCUAAAGAGGUUUCAAAAAUAUCACAACCUGAUAAUAAAGUUCGGAGACAUAAAGAAAGAGCGAUGACUGCUAAAAAUAUUGCAACAGAAGACACAAAUCCGAAGAGCGGUACAUGUGAUCGCUGUGGCGAAUUUUUCGAAUCUCGGACAAAAUUAUUUGCCCAUUUGAGGGAAUCCGGACACGAAACACUGAAAAAAUUUCCUGCUGCGGCUUUAGCAAAAGUUAAGAUUAAUAGAAUUAGAAAAAAAUGA